AUGCUGAAGAAUACACGAUUAUCCCGCGUCUUCUACACCACUUUUUUCACUGUUCUUGCCUUUAUCUUUUUCAUCCUCACGCUCCUGACUCCUGCUGAUACCAUCUACCAGUCCUCCAAGACCCGCCGCCUGGGUAAUGUUUUCAUUGUCAGUGGUGUUUAUAUCAUAACUCUGCUUUUAGCAAUAUUGAUCUAUGCGAGCCGCAUUUUCACGAACCGCAGCGUUCUUGCCGGUAUUCCCAAACCAUGGAUUCCAGUGGAGAAGCCUGACGUUCCAAAGAGCGUUCGAAGACUCGUUGUCAAGGGCCUUUCGAGGAGUGCUAUCAUUGCUCAGCAAUCACGCCCACGAGAUAGGACGGGGGAGGACAAUAGCAUGCUGGAUCCUAGCUUGACCAUUGCUACCACAGGACCACCACCAUGGGGCCAUAUCUCUCACCCUGGCUGGACCGCCCCUGAUUGUCCAGAUAUGCAUAACCAAGAAUUCGAGCCAGUUAUUAAGGAGCUUCCACAUCUCAUUGAGGCAAAAGCUGUAUCCUUUGCCCCCAUGGAUCCUCGCCUUCCGAUGUUUGGCAACCAGGACCCGGAUGAGGCCAGCGAAACAAACCAGCCAAUUCCAGAUGAGCGGAUUGUCGAAAUCCUCCGACGGCCUGGCAACAUGUCUCUACGCGACUACGUGAACCAUCUGAUACGUCUCAAUGUCAUCAACCCUCCAGACCUUGGUCGGUCAUUUGUCCGCCUCUACGAACGCGGCAGAUUCGCCGACGUGCCAUUGACCGAGCCGGAAUUCAGAUCACUGCUGGGCAUGUUCGCUGAGCUCCUGCGGGGUAUGUCGGAACUGGAUCCCGAAAUCACUGCAGAAGUCCAGUCGGAAAGCUCUGUCGACAGCGGUAUGGGGCAUUUUAGUAACACGUCCAGUCACGUACACCUUAACACCAACAUUCCCUCAAACUCCAGCGCGUCGUUCACGUCGAGUCGUCAAUCAGGCACUGGCAGUCAGCGGAGCCAGCGCAGCCGCUUCCACCCUUCCACAUUUCCGAGAAAUGGUUCUUUCAUCCUCGAUAGGUCUAGUGGCCGACAAAGCUUGCGUGCUCGCGGCAGUCGAACGCCAUCUGCCUAUUCCUUGCCAACUAUGGCAUCGGGCAUUUCUGCCGCAAGUUCGGCAGGGAGUGUCAUUCACCGCACGCAAUCGCAGAUGUCUUAA